GCCUCAUCUGGCCAUUUCGGUGCCACAAUGGACAGGUUGCAUUCUUCCAUGCGCAAACGGCUGUACAGCUUACCGCAACACAUUGGCCAUAAAGCUUCGGUCAUGGGCGAGGGGGACGACGGCGACAAGGACACCCGGAGGAAGAGUCUACGGAUGAAGCCCUUGCCUUCGCCUUCCUCCGAGGGAGGCUGCAAAGGCAUUGGGGACACCAAAAGCGGCGACUGCAUGAUCAUGGAGACGGACAUUGGAAAGCCCACCAAGACCAGUUCGAACGGAGACUGUAGAAGGUUCAAAGGCAGCCUAUCAUCUAUAACCAGUCGGCACGUUCACGACUCGGACUCGGCGGAGGAGAGACGCCUUAUCACCGAAGGGGACAUCACCCCUAGUGAGGAGCAGCCCCCCGGACCACUGGACAGCGGGGCAGACUUAGGGGCGCAAGGCGGCGGCGGAACCCCGCAUUCUGCUCCCGAUCAGCAGCCCGGGUUCAUAAAGUUGGAUAGCAUUGAUCAAAUUUCGCCGGACGACGAGAGGUUGUAUCAAGCAGGCUUCAUUCACCGGCAGCUGGGAGCGAUGCUCCAGCCGGGAGUGAACAAGUUCUCCCUGAGGAUGUUUGGCAGCGAAAAGGCGGUCGAGCGCGAACAAGAGCGGGUUAAAUCCGCCGGAUUUUGGAUAAUCCACCCAUAUAGUGAUUUCAGGUUCUACUGGGACCUGACCAUGCUGCUUCUGAUGGUGGGCAACCUCAUCAUCAUACCAGUGGGCAUCACCUUCUUCAAGGAUGAACACACACCGCCCUGGAUCGUCUUCAACGUCGUGUCGGACACCUUCUUCCUCAUCGACCUGGUGCUCAACUUCCGCACGGGCAUUGUAAAGGAGGACAACACUGAGAUCAUCCUUGAUCCCCAGCACAUCAAGAUCAAGUACUUACGGAGCUGGUUUAUCGUUGACUUCAUCUCCUCCAUCCCCGUGGACUACAUCUUCCUCAUUGUGGAGACGAGGAUUGACUCAGACUUCUACAAGACGGCCCGUGCCCUGCGGAUUGUCCGUUUCACAAAGAUCCUCAGCCUCCUUCGCCUUCUCAGGCUCUCCAGACUCAUACGAUACCUUCACCAAUGGGAGGAGAUCUUCCACAUGACCUACGACCUGGCCAGCGCCAUGGUGCGCAUCGUCAACCUCAUCGGCAUGAUGCUGCUGCUGUGUCACUGGGACGGCUGCUUGCAGUUCCUGGUUCCUAUGCUGCAGGAAUUCCCCGCCGAUUGUUGGGUCUCCAAGAACAAGAUGGUGAAUGACACCUGGGGCCAGCAAUACUCCUACGCGCUCUUCAAGGCCAUGAGCCACAUGCUGUGCAUCGGCUACGGCAUGUACCCCCCCGUGGGCAUGACGGACGUCUGGCUCACCAUCCUCAGCAUGAUCGUGGGCGCCACUUGCUACGCCAUGUUUGUGGGACACGCCACGGCACUCAUCCAGUCUCUGGAUUCCUCCCGUCGCCAGUACCAAGAGAAGUACAAGCAGGUGGAGCAGUACAUGUCCUUCCACAAGCUUCCUGCUGACAUGAGGCAGAGGAUCCACGACUACUACGAGCACCGCUACCAGGGCAAGAUGUUUGAUGAGGAGAGUAUCCUAGGGGAGCUGAACGAGCCGCUGAGGGAGGAGAUCAUCAAUUUCAACUGCCGCAAGCUGGUGGCCUCCAUGCCGCUGUUCGCCAACGCUGACCCCAACUUCGUAACCUCCAUGCUGACCAAGCUGCGCUUCGAGGUCUUCCAGCCGGGCGACUACAUCAUCCGUGAGGGCACCAUCGGCAAGAAGAUGUACUUCAUCCAGCACGGGGUGGUGAGCGUGCUCACCAAGGGCAACAAGGAGACCAAACUCUCCGAUGGAUCCUACUUCGGGGAGAUCUGCCUGCUCACCCGGGGAAGGAGGACGGCCAGCGUGCGGGCGGACACCUACUGCCGGCUCUACUCGCUCUCUGUGGACAACUUUAACGAGGUGCUGGAGGAGUAUCCCAUGAUGCGGCGGGCCUUCGAGACUGUGGCGCUGGACCGCCUCGACCGCAUAGGGAAGAAGAACUCCAUUCUGCAACACAAAGUGCAGCACGACCUCAGCUCAGGCAUGUUCAACUACCAGGAGAACGAGAUCAUCCAGCAGAUAGUGCAGCACGACCGGGAGAUGGCGCACUGCGCGCACCUGCUGCAGUCGGCUCCGCCCCCGGCCCCGCCCUCGCCCACGCCCGUCAUAUGGGCCCCGCUCAUCCAGGCUCCCCUCCAGGCGGCGGCCGCCACCACCUCAGUCGCCAUUGCGCUGACUCACCACCCCCACCUGCCUACCUCCAUCUUCCGUCCUCCUGCCUCUGUUUUGGGCUCCAUGAAGGACCCGUCCAGCCGCCCCAAAAGGUUCGGCCCGUCGGUGGCCCGCUCCUCUGGCUCCCCCAGCUCCGCCAUCGACUCUCAGCCUGGCACGCCCUCUCCCUGGUCACGGACGGGUACGGAUGUCCCCCUGCUGGCUUCCCUUCAGGGUCAGCAUCCAGUGUCAGGCCCCGGGUCCCAAACGAGGUCCCACAGGUCUGGCUCCAUCUCCCUGGGACGCUUCUCCGUGUCCAGCUCGCCAUCUUCCAGUACAGCACAGCUGCAUCACCCACCCCCCCAGCAGCAGGCCUCUCGGGGUAGCCAGCAUUCACUGACAGGCCUCUUCCAGCAGGGGGCACUGGGGGAAGCAAUGGAUAGAAUUACUGGUGGGGUAUCAGGAGCAGAUACUGGGGGAGGUACCGGGGUUGGCAGUAGGGGGGCAACAGGAGGACUUAGCAGCUCGUCAGCCCCCCACACAAGCCCCCUGAGCUCCAGUUCAGCCAGCCUCCUCCAGGCCCAGCUCCAGCCCCCGCCGCGUCGGCCCUCCCAGGCAGGCUCCCUCAAGCAGUGUAUGAUCGGGGGCAGGACCUCUGUAAGCGGUGGGCUCUUCCCGGAGCCCUCAUCGGGCUCCCCGUCGCCCAGCAGGACCUUUACGGGGUCGCCAGCCGCAGAGUUGCCCCCAGCCCCGGAACGCUCUCCCCUAGCCUCUCUAAUACAGUAUGGCUCCCCCUGCUGCACGCCCUUGGUGCCCAGCCCUGCCUCCCAGAGCCCUGUCUCUGGCCGGACUUUCCCUUUCCUCGAGCCUUCCAGCACUUUCAGCUCUCGUAGCUCGCUGCCUCAGCCGCAGACGCCCACCUGCGGGGCCCCGCCCUCAGCCUUUGAUUCGCCACAAGGCCGCUUCUCCCAGGACCUGAGACUCAUCUCCACCUCGCACCCCAGCCUCUCCCAGGGCGCGGCCUGGGCCAUCAGUGCCUCGCCGCCGCACCCGCCGCCCCUUCGGGACCUGGGCUCGUGCUUCUCUCCAUUCUCCUCGCCCACACUGGCCAGCAGGCCCUGCAGUGCCCUUCCCAGUCACAUGACUCUCUCCAGGCAGCCCUCCCCCACAGGCUCGCCUCAGACUCCAUCUGCGGGGUCGUCACCCACGCUGCCGCCUCAUAAAGGCCUCACCUCUGACCUGGAACCAGUUCGCUCCAAACUCCCGUCCAACUUGUGAAACAGAGUCACGCCCUUCCACACCCCCUCUGGACUGAGAGAAACUAUUUUGUCCUGUGAUAUUUUUCUUUUUUUCUUUCUCCUUUAAUCCCCAAGAUUCACUGUGUUUCAAGCGUCAUUAUUUCCCUCCUCAUAAUAUAACUGUGUUUUCAAAGACAGGUUGACAGGGGUGAAUUAGGGUUCUAGAUCAAAAUUUAGUUUAGCCUUUGUGUCCUUUGCUUCUUAAGCAGAGGAUUAAGGAAACUUUGUGCCCAGUGGGUGUGAGGGUCACGUGGAACAGGGUAUAUAUUUUCUGAACUAUGCCAAGUGAUCAUCUCCUGCUCUUUUGGUGAUAUGGAGAAGAGGUCAUGGUAAUCCUCCAUACGGGUCCGGCCCUGCAGGUGCUUCCUGCUCUGACCCCCGCAUGCAUAAGAGGCCUCUAUACAAAACGAGUUUUUAUAGACCUGAGACGUGUUUCUGGGAUGCAAACAUAUCUCCUGUAGCGUCGCAUGCGGGUUCAGGUGGAGCCGAUCCUGUUUGAUUUUGUUUUACCGAAAUGCUUUAGCCACGCUGUCCAUUGGUGGAGCAAGUGGCUUGGCAUUUAAAGAAAACCAAAAUAACUCCUUUAGCAAUCAUUCCAGGUGUUUUCUUAUUUUCAGCAUUUUACUUAUGAGAAGUGUUAUCGAAUACUACUGCAGAGAGUCACAGAUCUGUGAGAUUAUAUGCUGAAAACGUCACGAUUUUUUGUGACAGGCUGACUGUACUGUUCGCAGCAGUAUCCUAAAGAAUCACUAAACUUUCAAAGUCUUCCUAGUACAGGUAGCAGGGAAGGAGACAGGGCUUUACGUUUGCCUUUGUGUGUGUGUGUGGGGGGGGGAAUGGGCACAUAGCUGUGGGGGGGCCUAACCCUGAGUUUGUUUUCCACUAGAGGCAGCGCUUCACCAGAUCUUCUCUCCUAAUAUACUGUAUGUGGCUUCUCUCCCCUGUCUUCUCUGAAAGGUUUAUAGAUUCCAACCCAAAUCCAGUCAGGGAUUACAAAGAAAAUGAUACUUUACAGGCAAUAAGGAGUUAAAUUAAAGAUGAAUCGGAUGUUUAGUGUACACCCAUGUGCUUUGCAUUGCCAAAUGACUGCUGAGUAAAUGCAUUCAUUCAUAUUCAUGUUAUUGGUCUCCUUUUCCAUAAAAUUCAGUGUUCCUCUGCUUAGAAGCUGCUGAUUUAAAAAUGAGUGUUCUGCUGGGUCCAGAGAUUGUAGUUACAGGGUAGCAUGCCUAACCAGCCAUGAAAAUAAACAGCCAAUGGAA